GAAGAAGCCCUUCGGUGGAUUCGGUCCGCUGUAGGUAGCGGCGAGCCUCGCUUUUCCCGAGGGAUCCAUCGCUGUAUCAGCAUCGUGUUCUGUGACUCGAGCCACUGGAGCUCGUAGUCCGUCUCCACGACAGUCUUCUGAGUUGGGUUUGGUCGAUUUUCGAAGUUGUUUGAAGGUGUGGUGAAGUUCGAAAGAAGGUGCACGGAGCAUCAAGUUGUGCUUGAGGGACGGGAUGACGCGCUGUUAGGUCAGAGGAUUUGGUUUUGAAGAGUUGCAAAGGGCGACAAGCUCUAGGGUUUGUGAUUCACAGUCGGGUUUUGUUGUAGGGUUUAGAUUGCAUGUGGUUGAAGGGGAGAAGCGGAGCGUGGGAAGAGCAUAAUGGCCUUGCAGAUGAUCCAGAAGCUGAAGUCGCUGGAUGCGUAUCCGAAGAUUAAUGAGGAUUUUUAUAGCCGGACGUUGUCUGGUGGAAUCAUCACCAUUAUUUCUGCCACUUUUAUGGUGCUUCUAUUCUUUUCGGAAUUAAAGCUGUACUUAGCUGCCCAAGUAGCAAAUGACUUGGUUGUUGACACUGAGCGAGGAGGGACAAUACAAAUAAACUUGGAUGUCACCUUUCCAGCGUUGGCGUGUUCAGUGGUUAGUUUAGAUGCUAUGGAUAUCAGCGGGGAGGCACACCUUGACGUGAAGCACAACAUUUUCAAGAAGAGGUUGGACGUUAAUGGGAAGGUGAUCGAACCUGCGAGGCAAGAAUCCAUAAACCAACCCAAGCUAGAUAAGCCCCUGCAGAAGCAUGGGGGCAGGCUUGAGCACAACGAGACGUACUGUGGAUCUUGCUUUGGCGCUGAAACUGAAGAAGAUCAUUGCUGUAACAACUGUGAGGAAGUCAGAGAAGCGUAUCGUAAAAAAGGCUGGGCUUUGAAUAACCCUGACCUCAUCGAUCAGUGCAAGAGGGAAGGUUUUUUGCAAAAAAUAAAGGACGAAGAUGGGGAGGGAUGUAAUGUUUAUGGUACCCUAGAAGCAAACAAGGUGGCGGGAAAUUUUCAUUUUGCACCUGGCAAAUCCUUUCAGCAAGCAAACAUGCACGUCCAUGAUCUGAUGGCUUUUGGGAAAGACAGCUUUAAUGUCAGUCACAAAAUCAACGAAAUAAGCUUCGGUGUUCGAUAUCCGGGUGCAGUGAAUCCCUUGGACAAGUUGGAGCGGAUACAAACGACCACCCAUGGAAUGUAUCAAUAUUUUAUCAAGGUGGUACCCACAGUUUACACAGACACGAGAGGUCGCAAAAUAUCUACCAAUCAGUUUGCUGUUACUGAUCAUUUUAAGGGAGUUGGCCCUGGAGAAGAUCACGCAUUACCUGGCGUUUUCUUCUUUUAUGAUUUGUCACCAAUAAAGGUGAAAUUCACUGAGAAAAGGAUGUCCUUUUUUCACUUCCUAACGAAUGUAUGCGCUAUAGUUGGUGGAGUUUUUUCCGUGUCAGGCAUUAUAGAUGCUUUUGUAUAUCAUGGCCAAAAACAAAUUAAGAAGAGGUUAGGGAAGGACACCUGAGUUGAUGGGAGUUAAAAGUCGUGACAAAAUUGCUAUCAUAUAGCGGCCAAAUUGCGACUACGUUGUGUUACACAUCUGGAGGGACUUAGCACUAGUUUUAGGGCAUGAUGUGUUCCAAACUCCUCAAACUUCCUCAAAGUCCGAUCAGAUCGGAUCGUCAGAUGAGCUUUGUUCAGCUUGGUGCGUUGAUCGUAUAGAGCAUUUCAAAUCCGAGACCUUAGUCUUCAUUUCAGUGACCUUCAUAAUAUUAAGUCAAGAUGUGAACACAAGUGUUCAAACUGUAAAUCAAAUUAAAGCUUUUUGUUCGUUUAUGUA